CACACAGACGCCUGGGUGGCUCACAGGAGCCAGCAAUGAAGCUUCCCUUGGGCCGGGACUCAGGAAUUUCACCAGCAGGGACCAACCAAGGGGCCCAGGGACCCCGGCUUCACUCCAAGUCCUGUGCCAGACGGUUGGCGGCGACGCUCCGGGCGACGCCUCCGCUGCCGGCCAAUGAGGAGCAGGGACCGCGUAGGGGCCUGCGCUCAUUGGGUCGCGGUGGUUCCGCCCCGAGGUGAAGCAAAGCUCCCGGCCCGCUAAUAGAGUCUCAGCUACAGUCCGGCUUUUGUGCGCUCGCCGCUGGUCACCCUGCUGGGCAUACCUUUACCUCUCUUUCGCCUAAUUCUUCGGUGUCUUUUUCAAGCCCCGACUCACCAGUUUCACAGUUUUAUCUUCCUUGCCCUUUAACUCUCACCUUCCUUCGCAGAUCAGCAUGCAGGAAAAAGACGCCUCCCCACACGGUUUCCUGCCUAGGUUCCAACAUUUCGCUACGCAGGCCAUCCACGUGGGCCAGGAACCAGAGCAAUGGACUUCCCACGCUGUAGUGCCUCCCAUCUCACUGUCCACCACGUUCAAGCAAGGGGCUCCUGGCCGGCACUUGCUGCAGGUCACAUCAAGGAGGUGAUGGUGGCCAGUAAUGAGGAUAUCCUGGAGCCCUAUAAAAUGUCUACUCAGUUUGUCAAAAACAAGGAGACAAAAAAGGGUUUUGAGUACAGCCGUUCUGGAAAUCCCACCAGGAAUUGCUUGGAAAAAGCAGUGGCAGCACUGGAUGGGGCUAAGUACAGUUUGGCCUUUGCUUCAGGUUUAGCAGCCACUGUGACUGUUACCCAUCUCUUAAAAGCAGGAGACCAAAUUAUUUGUAUGGAUGAUGUGUAUGGAGGUACAAACAGGUACUUCAGGCAGGUGGCAACUGAAUUUGGAUUAAAGAUUUCUUUUGUUGAUUGUUCAAAAACCAAAUUGUUAGAGGCAGCUAUUACUCCAGAAACCAAGCUUGUUUGGAUUGAAACUCCCACAAACCCUAUCUUGAAGAUGAUUGACAUUGAAGCCUGUGCACAUACUGUCCAUAAACAUGGAGACAUUAUUUUGGUCGUGGAUAACACUUUUAUGUCGGCAUAUUUCCAGCGGCCUUUGGCUCUGGGAGCUGAUAUUUGUAUGUAUUCAGCAACAAAAUAUAUGAAUGGCCACAGUGAUGUUGUGAUGGGCUUAGUGUCACUUAAUUCUGAGAGGCUUCAUGAUAGGCUCCGAUUCUUGCAAAAUUCUCUUGGAGCAGUUCCAUCUCCUAUUGACUGUUACCUCUGCAAUCGAGGUCUGAAGACUCUACAAAUCCGCAUGGAGAAGCAUUUCGAAAAUGGAAUGGCAGUUGCUCAGUUUUUGGAGUCUAAUCCUUGGGUAGAAAAGGUUAUUUAUCCCGGACUGCCCUCUCAUCCUCAGCAUGAGCUGGCAAAGCGUCAGUGCACAGGUUGCCCAGGGAUGAUCACCUUUUAUAUCAAGGGCUCCCUUCAACAUGCUGAGACUUUCCUCAAGAACCUAAAGCUAUUUACACUGGCUGAGAGCUUAGGAGGAUAUGAAAGUCUUGCUGAGCUUCCGGCAAUCAUGACCCAUGCUUCGGUGCCUAAGAGCGACAGAGAAGUCCUUGGAAUUAGUGACACACUGAUUCGACUCUCUGUGGGCUUAGAGGAUAAACAAGACCUACUGGAUGAUCUAGAUCAAGCCUUGAAGACAGCACACUCUCCAAAUGCAAGUCACAACUAGCAUUCCAGAACUGCUAUUAGAGGUUGCUUCCUGCAAAAAGAUCAAAACUUCUGAAUAAUUGAAUGGACCAUUAAUGAGCCUUUGCAGAGUUUUCAAGUGAAAAUUUUAAGGGACUUUAUUACCUUUCACAACUGUAAUCUUCCUGGUAUCAUUCCUGUUAAAAAGUUUCCUCUUUCCCGUAUUGUAAUUGACAAGUCAAUUCUGUUAAGAUCUUUUUGUUAAUUUGGAUAUACAUUUGCCUCUGAAGGAGGUGAGAUUUGUGCUGCUAUUGGGGAUUGUGUUCUUUUUUUCAAGCUUAAGAUUUAUAUUGAUCAUGUUUACAAUAUAAUGGCAUUUCAUUUUUCAUGUUUUCUGAGGAAUUUAAAUUAUUAAAUGAAUGUUCUUAAAUCAAGGGUGAUUUUGUAUAUUGUUGAAAAUAGCACUCAAAGCAAUGGUUUACACUUAAUUACCAUAAGCCAAAAAUCAAAUAUCUGUAAAAGUCUGUGAAAUUUUACUGAUUUAAGGUUGUACUUACUAUUUUUUUAAAAAAUAAAUCUAAUUAUCAAAUGUAUCCCAUUGUGAUAUUUCUGUACUAUGUGACAUUAAAUUGUAUUCCUGGGCCCUUUUAAUUCCCAACUCUUA